AGUCGUACUUGGUUUAUGAGUGCAACUCAAAGUCCUAUUUUUGUUUGAGAUUCUCACAAAGUGAAAAUCAUUCAAUAUCAACUCACAGCUCUAGUUUUUCAUCAGAAAUGGAAGAGACCGCCAACAACAGUUCAACAGAAAAACGGUGCGCUGUGGUUACAGGAGCCAACAAAGGAAUUGGACUAGAGAUAUGCCGACAGCUAGCAUCUAAUGGAAUUGCAGUAAUAUUAACAGCCAGAGAUGAGAAGAAGGGUAUUGAAGCUAUUCACAAUCUCAAAGUUUCUGGCCUCUCUGAUGUGUUUUUUCAUCAACUUGACGUUCAAGAUCCUGCCAGUAUUGCGUCAUUCGCGAAAUAUGUACUAACUCAUUUCAAGAAACUUGAUAUCCUGGUCAAUAAUGCAGCAAUUGGUGGAGUUAAUACAGAUCACGAAGCAAUUAGAGGCUUCAAAGAAAGAUGGGAGAUGGUGAGCGAUGAGAAUGCCCACUUGUUUGAGAAUAUCAUAAAGCAAACUUAUGAGAUGGCAAAAGAGUGUCUCAACACAAAUUAUUAUGGAACCAAAAGAGUAACUGAAGCGCUUCUUCCUCUCCUGCAACUCUCCAAUUCAGCAAGAAUAGUGAACGUAUCCUCAUAUUAUGGGCAACUAAGUUGUAUCAAGAACGAGAAGGUCAAAGAAGAGUUGCAAAAUGUGGACAGCUUAACCGAAGAGAAAAUAAAUGAGGUUUUGCGGUGGUUUCUAAUAGAUUUCAAGGAGAAUUAGUUGCAGGCUAAUGGGUGGCCCCUUACAGUGUCUGCUUACAGAGUUUCCAAAGCUGUCAUAAAUGCGUAUACUAGACUUUUAGCAAGAAAAUUCCCUGAUUUUCGUGCAAAUUGUGUUCAUCCUGGAUAUGUCAAAACAGAUAUGAAUGACAACACAGGAAACUUGACUACAGAGGAAGGUGCCCAAGGACCUGUAAUGCUGGCUUUGUUGCCUGAUAAUGGUCCUUCCGGAUCCUUUUAUGAUCAGAUGCAUCCAUCCGUGUUCUGAUUUGAAAACGUAAAAUCGCGAGUUUCUGAAUUGGGGAAAAAUAUCAUAAUCGUAUGCAUGAUAUUGUCUAGUUGUACUUCUUCUUGCUAUUUGAAGGGUUUGGAAUAAAUAAGCAACUUUGAUUAGUUUCUA